AUGGAAGACUUAGAAAAAGAGCUUUCUGCACAAGAAGCAGCGCUCUCAAGGGACCGGGAAAUAGAAAGGGUACUUUCUUGUGCCUCUGGCGACCAUUUUGCAGUGUUGGAUAUAUGGCCCGGCGAAGACGGUAAGAAAGCAUACCGACGUAAAACUAUACUAAUUCACCCCGACAAGACGGAUAACCCACAAGCACCAGAAGCCUUUGACAGACUCAAAAAGGCAGAAAGAGUUGUCAAUGCAAUUAAAGAGAACGACGAAGAAUUCUAUUUGGAGCGCGAGAGACUCGAAAGCAUCUAUAAACAUGUGGGCUUUGACAAUAGCAAACCAGAAACCAGGCUGGUAGCCACCAGAGACGAAGCAGCCAAGGUUCUCAAGCGAGAAAAAGCAAAACUUGAAACUGACCAAAGUAUCGAAAGGUAUCAGCAAGAACAAGAGAACAAGCGUCAGAUGGAACUUCAGAAACAACGAUUGGCCAAGAGAAAACAAGAUUCCGUAUGGGAAGACCAGCGAGAUACUCGAGUUCAGAACUGGCGUAAUUACGUGCAUAAAGUCGACAAGAAGACCAAAAAGAAGAAGAAAAAGGUAUUGGCAUAA